AGUGAAUGUGGAUAAGGGGCAGGGAGACAGGCGUGCUGGAGUAGGGGGGAGGGCAGGCAUGGAUGGGGGAGGGACCAGACAGCAGUCUCUCCACCCCCAGCCACUAGCCUUGAAUGAAGGAAGGGUUUGGGCUAGUCGGGAGUGAGAAAUAAGGAGGGCUGGGCGUUAUAAACUGCUGCCCUGCCUGUUUAACUCUAGAGCUAACCUUUUGUUGUUGCCAUAGACGUGUUUAUCUCAAGCAAGGAAUGGGCAGGUGACCCAGGUCCCCAUAAUGAUGUUUUAAGUUCUCAGCAGGUGCAGUUCUCUGCCUGUCUCCUUAUUGUUUCACCUUGAGACCAUGACCUGCUACAGCCUGGUCACAUUAUGCCAUAUGCCAGGAGUGAGAGACAAUGUUUUGGCACAGUCUUCCCACUGAGUGUCAGUUCUGUUCCAGUUUACCAGGGAUGAGUCUGAAGUAUCCGAACAAUGGCAUCUGUGCUGAAGUCUCGUUUUGAAACCACAGGAGUUCAUGACCCAAAGUUUCAGUAUGAAGAUUGGGGUCCUACUUUCUUCACAUAUAAAUUCUUAAGGUCUGUCCUUGAAAUCAUGUGGCUACGGUUAGAAGAUGAGGCUUUUGUGGGGCACAGUGCCCCAAACACACCUGUAAUUGACCUUAAUGGUGAAUUACAUCACAUUUGGGACUAUCUGCAAGGUACACGUCCUUUGGUACUGAAUUUUGGAAGUUGUACAUGACCUCCUUUCCUCUUCAGACUCGGGGAGUUUAAUAAGCUUGUGAAUGAUUUCAGCUCCAUAGCAGAUUUCCUGAUCAUCUAUAUUGAUGAGGCUCAUGCAGCAGAUGAAUGGGCAUUGAAAAACAAUCUUCAUAUCAAAAAGCACAGAUGUCUCCAGGAUCGGCUUGCUGCUGCGAAGCGCUUGUUGGAAGAGUUACCUUCUUGCCCAGUAGUAUUAGACACAAUGAGUAAUCUCUGCAGUGCCAAGUAUGCAGCUCUGCCAGAGAGACUUUAUAUCUUGCAGGAAGGAAAAGUAAUUUACAAGGGCAAGAUGGGUCCCUGGGGCUACAAGCCAGAAGAAGUGCAUUCUGUACUUGAGAAGAAGAAAUAAUCAUGUCAGCAUGAGUAACAGAUUUCGUAAGGACACCAACUGAGCAAUGCAAGCAUUAGAAACCAGACAAACAUUUACCAGACCGCUCCAUAUUAAAUGCCCAAGAACAUUUUCCAUGUAUUUGUGAACCCCACAGUUAUAUCUUACAAAUAACAGCUCUACAACUCCACAAUGUAUUUGUUAGUGACGGUUGCAGCUUAAAGCACAGAUGGCUUCUACCUGAUGUUGCAAAGCAUUGUGAGUGCUUAAUACAAAAAUAAAAGCAUUUCAGGGCCACAUUA